AUGGGCCAGUGCCAGCGAUGCACGCCGGAGCCCGGGCGGGAGCGGUCGGCGGCCGGAGAGGCCUUCCCCGGCGGGGCGAACCGCGCCGGGCAGCACGCAGGUAGGCGACGGGACGGGACGGGACGGGCGGGCUGCGAGGGCGCGGGGAGCCGCCGGCCCCCUGCAGCGCUGCUGUCCUCGCCCGCAGACAGCCCCUGGUCGGUGGAGGACAUCCUGACAGAAGAUGACGAGCAGGACCGCGUCCCGCUGCAGAAACUCAAGCUUUUAGGGGAAUCGGAAGAACUGAGAGGCUUGCUUCUGAAUCCACAUCUCAGGCAGCUGCUGCUGACAGUCGAUCAAGCAGAAGAUAAAAGCUCCCUCAUGAAAAAGUACAUGCGGGAGCCGUUAUUUGUUGAGUUUGCAGACUGCUGUUUGAGAAUUGUUGAACCUCCAGAGAAGGAGAACAUUCUUCCUGAGUGA